AUGGGUAUCUUAGAACAAUUAAAGAGAAAGUCUGGUGUUAUUGUCGGUGACGAUGUCGCUGCUUUGUUCGCUUACGCCAAGGAACACAAGUUCGCUAUUCCAGCCAUCAACGUUACUUCUUCUUCUACCGUUGUUGCUGCUUUAGAAGCUGCUAGAGACAACAAGUCCCCAAUCAUCUUACAAACCUCCAACGGUGGUGCUGCUUACUUCGCUGGUAAGGGUGUCUCUAACGAAGGUCAAAACGCUUCCAUCAAGGGUUCCGUUGCUGCUGCUCACUAUAUUAGAUCCAUUGCUCCAGCUUACGGUAUCCCAGUUGUUCUACAUUCUGACCACUGUGCCAAGAAAUUGUUACCAUGGUUCGAUGGUAUGUUGGAAGCUGAUGAAGCUUACUUCAAGGUCCACGGUGAACCAUUAUUCUCCUCCCAUAUGUUGGAUUUAUCUGAAGAAACUGAUGAAGAAAACAUUUCUACCUGUGUCAAGUACUUCAAGAGAAUGGCUGCUAUGCAACAAUGGUUAGAAAUGGAAAUUGGUAUCACUGGUGGUGAAGAAGAUGGUGUCAACAACGAAAGUGCUGACAAGGAAGAUUUAUACACCAAGCCAGAACAAGUCUUCGCCGUUCACCAAGCUUUGGCUCCAAUCUCUUCAAACUUCUCAAUUGCAUCAGCAUUUGGUAACGUGCAUGGUGUUUACGCUGGUACCAUGGACUUAAGACCAGAAAUCUUGGCUGACCAACAAGCUUACGCUGCUAAGCAAUUGGGUCAACCAGCUGGUUCCAAGCCAUUGAACUUCGUUUUCCACGGUGGUUCCGGUUCUACUGAUGCUCAAUUCCACACUGGUAUUGAUAACGGUGUUGUUAAGGUCAACUUAGAUACCGAUUGUCAAUGGGCUUACUUAACUGGUAUCAGAGACUACGUCUUAAAUAAGAAGGACUACAUUAUGACUACUGUUGGUAACCCAACUGGUCCAGAAGCUCCAAACAAGAAAUACUUCGACCCAAGAGUCUGGGUUAGAGAAGGUGAAAAGACCAUGACCGCUAGAAUUGCUCAAGCUUUGGCCAUUUUCAGAACCCAAAACACUUUAUAA